UUUUAUUGCGUACUUUGACCAUAAAGAGCGGUAUAGUAGGCCUAAGUAUUAUUAGUAUGAUAUUAGAUUUAAUCUUACUAGUUUUGAACAGUUUUUCAUUUUUUAAAGAGCAGUUUAAAUAUUAAAAGUGAUAAAAAAUCGUUCGCAUAUCUUUUUGUAAUUCAAAGCAUAUCACGUUAAAUUGUAGAAUAUAAUGGGUAUUGAUUUCAAUGCUAAUGGCAACGGAAUAGGUUUAGGAAACUUUCCUGGAAAGACGUCAUGGUUUGAAUUUUUACUCGAUAAAUCUCGACUUGAGGCACAUCUUAAACAAGAUACAACAACUGAAACUGCAGCUGUUGACUUAAUUACUGACUUCCUGAGAAAUGCAACAGAAGUGAAUGGAGAUCAAGUUAGCUCAGCAACUCAAGUUUCACAAGCUGCUUCUGUACUUACCUCGAAUCAGAAUUCUCUAGCUGGGUCCAUUGGAGUUGAAGGCAUUCCAGUUGAACCAUCUGUUGCACCAGUCAUUGAAACAGAAAAAGAGACAAAAAAGGUUGUGGCUCUAAAACUUCUGGCUCUGAAAGUAGCCUCAUAUCUAAAAUGGGACUUGAAUCUUUUGGAAAAAAAGUUGCCUCUUCCAAUGCAGCAGACCUUACUGACAUACUUACAGAAGAUAACUACUAAUACGGAACAAAACGUGGUACAAGAAUUGCCUCUGAAUGAUCUCUCUGUAGAUGGCCGUUUUGCACACGUGUUAUUGUAUCGCUGGCAGUUACGUGCAGCUGUUCUUGGUAUCUAUCCUACUAAACAGUCUCGAGGAUUAAAUGUUCAAAUUCCAGGGCAAGUUGAUCCAAUGUAUGUUCCGCAAGAAACAGUUGACACAAUUAGAAGAAAAGUGUUGGAGAAAGUGGAACAAGCAGCACAAGCCUUGAAUAAUUUAUUAGAAGACAGGCUUGACCUUCGAAUGCCACACAUGGAAUGUUUUGAAACACUAGAUGAGGACAAAUCAACUCCUAAUUUUGAAUGGGAAAAAGGAGAACUUCUAGUUUUUGAAGAUGUAGCUUGCCAGGUUUCGUAUGAUCUUGGGUGCUACCAUUUCUACAAAGAAAACUAUCAAGAAGCAAAAGAAGCUUUUUGUAAAGCCUCGUCAUUAUUUCCUAAGGUCAGUAACAUGGUCUUCAAAAUCCAGUGAUGUGUCAAGUAGAGGAAGCAAAAUUGAAAGGCUACUGUCAGGCUUGCGGUAUUACUACUCCUAUUGUUAGUACACCAGAAAGUCUUCAAGAGAGACUUGUCAGUUCUGUCAAAGAAGGAU